AUGCUUCCCUCAAUGCGUCUCACAUCCCGUCUGGGUCUGCGCCUGGUGCGCUGGAACUCUACUGCUGGUCCGACUCUGCCGCCUUUGAUGACCGCAUUGAGAACGGAUCUCAAGACUGCCAUGCGAGCUAAGGAUACGCCCAGGCUGAAUGUCCUUCGCGCUCUCAUCUCCGAAACCAACAACGCCGCUAAAACCAACUCGCCCAUCCAGACUGACCUCCAACUCUUGUCUCUGAUCCGCAAGCGCAUUUCUGCUUCGAAGGAUGCUGCUAAGGAAUUCGAGUCUGAGAAUCGCCCCGACUUGAAGGAAACUGAGGAUCGUCACAUUGCGAUAUUGGAAGAAUAUGGCGCUCAGGUGAAGACCAUGAGCGUGGACGAUAUCAAGACGAUCGUUGCUGAGGAACUUGCCAAGUUGAAGGAGACGGGCAAGAAGAUCGAGGUUGGAUUCCUACUCAAGUCUCUCUUUUCCCCUGGAGGAGCCCUGGAUGGCAAGCCCGCCGAGAGAUCCGAAGUUGCAAGAAUUGCCAAAGAAGCGGUUUCUUCCGCGUAA